AAUCCUUGACAAGAAUCAUCAAAAUAAUUAUUAUUUACGAAAGGGAAAUCAUGUCUCUUCGUUUUCUGAUCAAGCUGAAGAUUCGGUGGGCAAUUAAUGAUAUUCAGAAGAUCUACUACCCAGUCUUAGCCGCGUUUGGUGUCCCAGUUAACGUGAUUGCAAUAACGAUCCUGGUUUGGGGAAAGUGUGGCCUUUCCAAAUGUGUCACUAAUUACCUGGUGGCCAUGGCAGCAGCGGAUCUAUUGGUCAUUAUCUUCGAUCUGAUACUACGACAAAUUCCUAUUGCGUAUCGGGCAGAGUUUCUUUUCCUGCAUUAUGUUCCCUUGUGCAACAUCCAUGCUGUUAUACUUUAUGCUGCCACAGACUGUUCUGUCUGGUUCACCGUCAUGUUCACCUUUGAUCGGUUUGUGGCCAUAUGCUGCCAAAAGUUGAAAAGUAGACAUUGCACCAAGAAAACAGCGUGUGUGGUUUUAGGAACAGUGACGGUGUUGAGUUGUUUGAAAAACAUUUUCUGGUAUUUCAUGUAUUACCAUCAAUAUUGGCUUUUUAAUGAUCCAUGGUUCUGCAAGGUACCUCAAAAUGUAAUUACUUCAAUUGCCUGGACCAUCGUUGAAUUGAUGCAUUACAUAAUAACGCCAUUAUUUCCAUUUAUUUUGAUUCUACUGUUAAACACUUUGACUGUCAGAAACAUUUUAGUAGCCAACAGAGCUCGGAGGAGACUGCGGGGUCCAACGACUGGGGACAGUCCCAUAGAUCCAGAGAUGGGCAGUCGUAAGAAAUCCAUGAUUAUGUUAUUUAUUAUUUCGGGCAAUUUCAUCGUGUUAUGGGUGAUGUUCAUUGCUUAUUCCAUAUUGAAACGAUUUGAUUGGUUGGGGUAUCCAGUUCCUCUCCCAACAUUCGUGAGAGAGAUUGGCUUCAUGCUCCAGCUCCUGAGUUGCUGCACCAACACCUUCAUUUAUGCAGUUACCCAGAGGAAAUUCAGAGAAGAGUUAAAGAAUGGGAUAAUGCGUCCCUUCACAAAUUUGGUCAAAGUAAUUUGAUGCAACCUCAUGCUCCCAAGUUAUUUGUGAAAUAAUUACAUAAACUGGGUGCACACAGCGAUCAGUGUUGGGGUAUUGUCUGCUCCUGAUUUAUGUAUGUAACUUAGAUUCUAGUGUAGAAGGGAUGAUGAGAAAGUUUGCAGAUGAUACAUUAAAUUGGUGGGUGGUCGAUAGUGCCAAAGAUAGCUGUAGAUUACAGGAGAAUGGAAACGGCUGAUCAGAAGGGCAGAGCUUAGCAAAUGUAAUGCAAUCAGUAUCAGUGUAAGUUUUUUUGAAAAUUCAUUCACGGGACGAGGGCAUCGCUGAACAGGCUGCAUUUAUUGUGCAUCACUAAUUGUCCAGAAGACAGUUCAGAGUCAACCACAUUGCUUUGGUGCUGGAGUCACUUGUAGGGUGAUAGUUUCCUUCCCUAAAGGACAUUAGUGAACCAGAUGGGUUUUCCCUGACAAUUGGCAACAGAUUCAGAGUCAUCAUUAGACUGGGCUUUCCCAGAUAUUAUAUCUGAUUCAAAUUGCACCAUCUGCUCUGGUGGGAUUUGAACCCUGGCCCCCAGAACAUUAUUUGGUCCAAUGAAUUAACAGUCCAGCAGUAAUUCCACUAGGCCAUCACCUCCCCUGCUGAUGUAACUGAAGUGGGUAAAGAAGGCAAGGGGUGGUAUGAUGAACAGUUGGACCUUGGGGAACACAGAGGAUAAGAGGGACCUUGAUGUGCAUAAUCAUUAGCCCCUUAUCAUGUCAGGGCAGGUGAAUAAAUUAGCUGUGAAGACACAUUUUUUACUUGCCAUUCACAUUCUUGAUUUCGAGAUUAAUAGCAGGCAUGUGAUGCCGGACCUGAGUUCAACACUGCUACACCCUCAGCCUGAGCAUGGUGUGCUGUUCUGGAAUCAUAUUUCAGGAACGAUGGGUUAACACUGGAGAAGGUGCAGAGGAGAUUCACCAGGAUGAAACCUGGGCUGGACUCCUUCAGCCAUCAGGGGAUUUUGAACAAGUUUUGGAGUUGUUUUCCUUUGAGCAGGGGAGAUUGUGAGGGGGACAUAAGUGAAAUGUAUCAAAUUAUAAAGGGUAUGUGUACAAUAGACUGCACGAAAGGUUUUCUCCUUGAUGGAGCUGUCAAUGACCAGUCACAUUGAUUUAUGUUAAUGAGCAGCAGGUUUACAGGAGACGUGAGUAAAAACUUUUCACCCAGUGUUUGGUGGGAAUCUGACGCUCGCGGUCUGUAGGUUUUCUGGGCACAGAAACCCAUAUAAUAUUUAAGAAGUAUUUCAGAAAU